AUGGCUACACAGGUGUUGAUUGCCCACACGGGGCAACGCCUCGAGGUCGAUACCAGACAGUUCUCGAACCUCGACGGCCUGAAAGAUUGGGUGGCUCGAACCAGCUCUGUGCCCCUCCAGCACAUGGUCGCUCUGACCCCCCAAGGUCGCAGCGUCAAGUUUGCGAGCCUCCAUGCCGAGAAUGAGAUAUUCAUUUAUGAUAUCAGGGUGACGCAAGAAUUGCCGCCAGCCUCGCCCUCGCUCGUCUCGGAAUCGCCCGCCCUCCGCCGUCUCUCCAUCCCCAGCGCGCCCAACUCGAUCGACAAUGUCCAGGUCAUCUCCUCAUGGCAGCACCUGUACGAGGAGCGGCGCAACUGGGCCGUCCGGCUGGUGGAAGAAUGCUCCCACCUCAAGUCGGCGGCCGUCGCCCGCUACGAUGAGAUCGACGUCAUGCUUAAGUGCCUGGACGCAGCCGUCACCAACCUCGAAAUAAGCGUAAAACAGAUCGAGCCCAAGUAUACCGAGUUGAAGAAGUGGGUAGAUCCCGCCCUGUCCGAGUACCAACAGCUCGCCGCCUCGUGGGAGCAGUAUCUCGAUCUAGCGCGCAACGUUCCUGUCGCGCCAGAGAUGGUCAAGUUCAUGACGCGAGGUCAGGUCUCCCGUCCCGAUGCUUCGCUCGAGGACCUCAUCGAGCUUGAGACGGCUCGAAAGGCUGGCACGCUCGCCCCAACCGCGCGUCGGCGCUUCAGCGACAAGGCCGCCGAGCUGGACAAGCUGGCGUCGACGAUGUUCCAGGGCCUCGAAAGGCUCGUCGCCGAGUUCGAGCAGCUCAUAACUGGUUCUGUCCUGGAUCACAGCUCGGACUCCCCGCAGCUGCUGCAAGACAUCAAGGCCAUUGCGAGCCAGAUCGAUUCGGACUAUCAAACGGCGCUCGCCUACGGUGACUCGCAGCGGGAGAUUGCCCAGGCUUCAAAGACGGCGUCGAAUCAUACCGAGAGGCUGGUCCCAUCGCUUAAGAAGCGUGCCAAGGAAAUGGAUGAAAUGGUCCACUACGCGACGCAAGCCCGAAACACGAUUGCUCGUGAAUCCAUCGGCUAUAUGCGAACCAUCACCGAAAUCACAGCGCUCCACAGCAGUGUCCGGAAUCAGAUAAACGUCUUGAACCAGUCGGAAGACGACAUGACUACCUUUGACUAUCUGCGUCUCAUCCAUCAGCUCCCGUACAUGUAUGCUUCCUUUGUCGCCGAGGCGAUUCGCCGCCGCGAGUGGGUGGAGAAGGUGAAGACAGACUCGUCCACCCUCGUCAACGAAAUGGCCCUUUUCCAAGAUGAAGAAUCGAAACGACGCAAAAGGUGGCAAAAGAUGGUUGGAGGUUUGUACGGAUCAGGCUUCGACACGGCCGUCAUCGGACUCGAGGUCAACCUGCUGGGCGAGGACACUGCUUGGCCUGCCGUGACCAAGAACGAGCUGGAUGCGCUGCUCCGCGUUCUCCACGACCGCGGCGCCGAGGCGACGAUUGUCGACGAUGUCACCAAGCUUCUGCACGAGCUCAACAAGCCGACCAAACAGCAGUCGAAGAGGCUGAGGGCGUUCAAGAACGGCAGCAUCCACGAAGCCGCCCUGGGAAGGAGUGCUUUACUGAUCCGUGGCGAUGACGAGCUUCUCCGCAGCCUCCAAGACGACAAGGGCAAGCUCGAGACCAAACUCAAGACGGCCGAAAGCAGGAUAAGGCGCCUCGAGGAUCUGCUUCACAGGCAAAGCCAGGCCUCGCGUCCGGGAAGCCUAUUUCAACCCCAAAGGAAUCAGCCCCACGAAAGGCGGGACUCGAUAUCGUCCAUUAGGUCCAAUCGCCAGGAAGACCGGCCUCGGUCCUCCUAUGGGCCGGAUCCGCUGCUUCAGAGGAUUGCACAGCUCGAAAACGAACUGCGAGAGGAGAAGCAACGGUCGGCUCAGUUUGAAAAGGAUAUCGCCGACGGCGCGACGAAGCAGGAAGAGAUCGAGGGCCGGGUUCAAGAGGCCAACUCGACCAAGAAGGAUCUUCUCGGAAACAUGGAAGCUCUGAAGCUCGAGUUCAUGGACGAGAGGAAGUCUCUGGAAGACGAAAUUGGGAUGCUGAAGGCCCGGCUCGAGGAUACCGAGGACGAGAUUGAGCACUUUGGAGCGUCGCGGCAGAACGAAAAGGCCAACUACGACGAAAGAGUGCAGACGCUCGAGGCAGAGGUCGAACGCUUGACGAAGGACCAGAAAGACGACGUUCUUAAGGCGCAGGGUCAAGUCGAGUUCCUUAGGAAAGAGACUCGGAUUCAACGAGACCAGCUUGAUGCGUCUACUCGACAGGUGCAAACAGCCGUCGAGGAGACGCGGGCCAUGGCCAAGAAGCUUGAGGUUGCCGAGGAGAGUGUCGAAGCGCAGGCCCAAGCUAUUAGGAAACUUCACGCUGAAUUGGCCCCGGAUGCGUCGAUGCCGUCGGACGUGAUGGACUUGGCAGAGUCUCUUCAGUCGCGUGCGGCGAGUCUCUUGGAAAAACUGCGCAACUCGGAAACCGACUCGGCGGUCGUCAAGUCGGAUCUUGAGCGGGCACUCGACUCGGUCAAGAAACACAAGGCGCAGGUGGCGGAGCUGAGGACGAGGUUGGCAAGCGAGGAGGAGUCGGCGAUGCACCUGCGCGAGAAUCUAUCCGAGGAGAAGGCAAAGGCCAGCACGAUGGAGAGCGAGGUCGCCGAGGGCAGGGAGCAGCUGAGCCGGCUGCGGGCACAGCUGUCCGACGGCGCAACCGGUUCCGUGACGCUGCAGAAGCAGCUCGAAGGGCAGGAGACGAGGGUGGCGCAGCUGACGGAGGAGCUGGCGUCACGCCAGUCACAGAUUGGAAGCCUCGAGGAAGAGCUGUACGUGUUGAAGCAGAAGAUGGAGGGUCACGAGGGUAAACUGUCGGCUCUCGCGACUCAGUACGACGCUCGAGAUGACCGAACCAAGGACUUGACCCAGAGGCUUUACUCGCAGAACGACCGACUCACGCGACUGCUCGAGCGCACCGGGUACUCGAUCACUCGCGAGGCGGGCAAGAUGACGAUGGUCAAGAUUUCACGGUCCGAGAGGAGCACGCAGAACCUCAACGACUCAUCCGACCCCGGAUCCUCGCUCCGUCGAUCUACCCACCUCGCGAGCCGGGCCGGCGUGACGGAGAGUGCCGACCUCGAGCCGCUGUAUUGGAUGAGCAACGCCGACGGCGCGGCGGAAGGUGACAGGUACGACCACUUCAUGCAGACGCUCGGCUUCUUCGACAUGGACCAGUUUGCCGAGACGGUGUACAACCGGAUCAAGGAGGCGGAGCACAGGGCGCGGAAGUGGCAGCGCGAGGCUCGCGCGUACCGCGACCGGACCCACGUCGCUCAGAAGGACGCGCACGACAAGAUCGCAUUCAGGCACUUCAAGGAGGGCGACCUAGCUCUGUUCUUGCCGACGCGUAACCAGCAGGCGGGGGCGUGGGCGGCUUUCAACGUCGGGUUCCCGCACUACUUCCUUCGCGAACAGGACGGGCAUCGACUGCGGCAGCGGGAGUGGCUCGUGGCGCGCAUCUCGCGCAUCCAGGAACGGGUCGUGGAUCUGUCCAGGAGCCUGCAGCCGUCGAGCGAUGCGCAGUCGGUCAACGACGACGAGAACGAUAACCCCUUCCAGCUGUCGGAUGGCCUGCGGUGGUAUCUCAUCGACGCGCACGAGGAUAAGCCGGGCGCGCCGUCAACUCCCGGGAUGGGCAAGACGACGGUGGCGGCGAACAACGUGGAGGCGACGGCCGACAUGGCCUCCCACGCGGUUAAGGGAAAGGGCAAGAACCGCGACAGCGUGACGAGCAUCGAGGGCAUCAACAAGACGCUCUCCAAGAGCUUGGACAGCCGGCGGAGCAGCUCGAACUCGAAGAAGGUGCCCUUCGCCAUCGCCGGCGGCACGGCGCUGCUGAAGAACAGCGCGCUCGCGAGCGAGACCAACUCGCUCCGGGCCGCGACGGUAGACUCUCCGGCGGGGACGAGCCCCUUGCAGAACAGCCACCUCGCGGCGGGCAACGCGAACGCGGGCGAGCAGCAGGCCCGGCCGGGAGGUCGGCCCGAGAGCGUCGCCGGCGGCGCGGAGACGCAGAAAUCGGGCGAGGGUUGGGCGCAGGGCCUCGUCGACCCGCCGGCCGAGGUACGGAGCGACGACACCCUCCCUGGGCCGCGAGCAGCAGCUGAUGGCACGCCAUAG